UAAAACGGGGAGCGGGUUUGUUUUGUUUGUGGCAACCAUUCUUUCCUUGUGAACGAAGCGAAAACUAGCUGACUAUCUGAAAAUGUCUAAAUUACAGUUGUUGUAUGUGUUUUUAAAUGAACGUUUAAAGGCGGCUGCUGUGGAGAUUUUCGGAGCAGUUGAGAAAACGGUAGCGGAGUACCAGGAGGAGAAUUAUCGUCUACGGAGACUACUGCGGAUAACACCGGACAUAAAACCAUACUCCUUGCAGCUCUCUCUCGCUGUUUCUGAAGAGAAUAUUCCCUGUGAGCAGGAGUGGAGCCCCAGUCUGGGGCAGGAGGACCCAGAGCCCACACAGAUUAAACGGGAACAUGAGGAACUCAGGCCCAGUCAGGAGGAAGAGCAGCUUCAAGGGCAGGAGGCUGACAUCAUAGAGUUCAAAUUACCUCAUCUUUAUUUGAAAAGUGAUUGUGAUCAGGUGAACCCUCUUCAUUCCUUGACUCUUCCCCAAACCCAGACGGUGGAGAACAGAGAGAGUGCCUCUAAAUCAGUGGAUCUCAUACCGUUUGUCACUGUUACCCACCUGAAGAGUCUUGACAUUCCCUGUGACCCCCCAGAUAAUCAAAACAAUGCCUACAGUCACAGCUCAGCUGUAAGCAGUGACCCAGUAGGACUUGACAGCAGCCCACCAUUGGAUCCCAUCCCAUCAAUGGGGGAACACUGUUCCAAACCCAGCACCACGUCUAGAAAAACUCACCGCUGCUGUGACUGUGGUGAAACGUUUGCUCUGAAAGCUGGCCUGCAGGGGCAUGUGACUCUCGCAAAGAAGAGACCCAGUGAAUGCUGCCUCUGCAAAAAACGGUACAACUCCACCUGUAAAUUGAAGGGCCAUGUCAGACUAUGUCACGUGGAGAAACCCUCCACCUGCCCCUUUUGUGGAAAGACCUUCAAACUCAAAGGAGAUCUGUCCAGACAUACGAGGAUUCACACAGGAGAGAAACCAUUUAGCUGUGGAGACUGUGGUAAGAGUUUCAAUCAGAAGGGACACCUAACUGAACAUAUAAGGACUCACACAGGAGAGAAACCAUUUAGCUGUGGUGACUGUGGGAAAAGCUUCAUUCAGAAGGGGGACCUAAGGAGGCACGUACUGACUCACACCGGAGAGAAACCAUUUAGCUGUGGUGACUGUGGGAAAAGCUUUAAUCGGAAGGGGAACCUGAACUUGCACAUACUGACUCACACAGGAGAGAACGUCCACAAAUAAAGAAACGAGUAAAGAAAACAGAAUGAAAACACAGAGGAAACGAAUUAGGACAAAGACAUCUUGUUGGAAGAUGGACAACACGCUUUGGAAACUCUUGAUCAUUCAUUCUCUGGAUUUCAGACAAAUAGAUGUCAUGAAUUUACUUUUGUAAAUUUUAUUUGAUUUUAUUUCACCUUUAUUUAACCAGGUAGGCAAGUUGAGAACAAGUUCUCAUUUACAAUUGCGACCUGGCCAAGAUAAAGCAAAGCAGUUCGACACAUACAACGACACAGAGUUACACAUGGAGUAAAACAAACAUACAGUCAAUAAUACAGUAUAAACAAGUCUUUAUACGAUGUGAGCAAAUGAGGUGAGAUAAGGGAGGUAAAGGCAAAAAAAGGCCAUGGUGGCAAAGUAAUUACAAUAUAGCAAGUAAAACACUGGAAUGGUAGAUUUGCAAUGGAAGAAUGUGCAAAGUAGAAAUAAAAAUAAUGGGGUGCAAAGGAGCAAAAUAAAUAAAUUAAUUAAAUACAGUAGGGAAAGAGGUAGUUGUUUGGGCUAAAUUAUAGGUGGGCUAUGUACAGGUGCAGUAAUCUGUGAGCUGCUCUGACAGUUGGUGCUUAAAGCUAGUGAGGGAGAUAAGUGUUUCCAGUUUCAGAGAUUUUUGUAGUUCGUUCCAGUCAUUGGCAGCAGAGAACUGGAAGGAGAGGCGGCCAAAGAAAGAAUUGGUUUUGGGGGUGACUAGAGAGAUAUACCUGCUGGAGCGUGUGCUACAGGUGGGAGAUGCUAUUGUGACCAGCGAGCUGAGAUAAGGGGGGACUUUACCUAGCAGGGUCUUGUAGAUGACAUGGAGCCAGUGGGUUAGGCGACGAGUAUAAAGCGAGGGCCAGCCAACGAGAGCGUACAGGUCGCAAUUGUGGGUAGUAUAUGGGGCUUUGGUGACAAAACGGAUUGCACUGUGAUAGACUGCAUCCAAUUUGUUGAGUAGGGUAUUGGAGGCUAUUUUGUAAAUGACAUCGCCAAAGUCGAGGAUUGGUAGGAUGGUCAGUUUUACAAGGGUAUGUUUGGCAGCAUGAGUGAAGGAUGCUUUGUUACGAAAUAGGAAAUGUUCUAUGUAAAAAAAUAAUGAAAAAGAAGUUUGAUUUGAUCUAACUACAGAGUAGUUUAAAACUCAUGGUCUGCUGUUCAAAGUCUCUUGAUAUAUUCACUUCAUUAUAAACAGGAAUUCCUGGUUGUUUGUUUUAAGAAUGUCUGGAAAAUAUAAAAAUGUAUAUGCCAAUAAAAUGUGUACUUGCAUUUUUCCAAUUUAAA